AUGUCUACAUGGAUAAAUAAAAAGUUAAUAUCUUUUUCUGAAAAGGUUAUUGAAAAUGUGAUCGACUCCCUUACUAAUAAGAAUACACCCAUAGAUAAUAUACAGAAUAUGCAAGGGACCCAACUGGGGAAAAUUAUCAAUAAAGUUAUUUCUUCAAAAUACUUUUUUAAAAAUGAUGACAUAUGUUAUAAUAAAAACAAUUUAGAUUUUAAGUGGUACCUUAAGAAAGAGAGUAAGAAAAGUAGAAAAAAUAAAAAAAAAAAGAAAAAAAGAAAAAGAAAAAGAAAAAUGAUAAUGAUGAAAAGGGAUGCAGAAAAUAUAAAGAAUGCUGAUAAUAGAAAUCAUGAUGUAUACAAUGGUGAGAAUAAUAAUAGUUUUAAUGAGCUCCAAGUUAAUAAAAAAUUAAAUUAUAAUAAUUUAUUAUAUACGAAUAAUAAUCAGAACAAUUUUAAAGAAAGUACCUUUUUAAAAAUCGAUGAAUCUUAUUUAUCGACAUCAUAUAUUUUAAAUGAAAAAUAUAUUAGUGGUGAUAAUAUUUCAGCUAGUAAAAAUGAUGUGAAUGAAAAUAAAUAUAUAAAUUUAAAAAAAACUGAUAGUCACAAUGAUACAUCAUCUUUAUCAAUACCUCAAAAUAAUAUUAGCAAAAUAAAAAAGAAUAAGGGUGCAUCAUCAAUAAAUUCAUAUGACGCAUCGUCUGCAAAUAUAUCACCUCCGUCAAUGCAUUCGUCAGAUAAUUUGUCAUAUAAUGAGAAGAAAGUUAAAUAUAAUAAUGAUAGAAAUGUAAGAGGUUAUGAUUAUAGUAGUAGCAACAUGAAUAAUAGUUGUAGUAGCACUAGCAGUAAUAGUUAUAGUUGUAGUAGUAGUAGUCGUAAUAGUAAUAGUAGCCGUAAUAGUAAUAGUAGCCAUAACAGCAAUAGUAGCCGUAGCUGUAGUAGUGUUACAUGCAGUAGUAGCUCCAUAAAUAUAUACAACACGAACACUUCUUCUCAUGAUUCGAAUAAUGAAUUGUGUGAUAGUUUGUCUUCUUAUGAAAAGGAUGAAAAAAAAAAGAACAAAUUUGAAAAUGAAGAUAAAAUGAAAAAUAAAAACAUUUUAAAAAAAAAUAAAAAAAUAAAAAAUAAAAAUAAAAAGAUGCCUAAAACAAUAGAUGGUAAUGAUACUUCAUUAUUAUUAUCAUCGUCAUCAUCAUAUAAUUCAAAGAUGUCCUUUCAUAAUAAUAAGAAUUAUGGAAUAAUUAAAGAAUUUAGUCUGUGUAAAAUAAAUUUAUUUAUAAAAGAAGCUAAAUUAUUAUUUUUUAAUAAAAAUAUAAGUAUUAGUGAUGUAAGUCUUUAUGUGACUACUAUAAUGGAAGAUAAGAAAUAUAUAGGGAAAUUAAGAAAAUUAAGUUCAAGAACUUUACCUAUGAAUAAUUUAAUUAUUAAUGAAUAUAUAAAUCAUAAUAUAAAAGAUGUAUAUACAGAUAUUAUUAUAAAUAUAAGAUAUAAGAAUAGGAAGAAAGAAAAAGAAGAUAUCAUAUUAGGAAGAGCAAUAAUUCCAUUAUUUCUUAUAUUGAAUACAUAUAGAUGGAAAAUUAAAAAGAUUAAAAACAAAAUUAGAUACUGCACUAAAUGUUAUUUAUGGUUACAUAUCUUUCCAUGUAAUAAUAAAUUAUUUAAUUAUAAAUUUUUUAAACCUGUAGAAGGUUUUGAAGAAUAUGGUAUGUUAAAUCCUUUGUAUACAUUAGGUUUUUUGAAUAUACAAAUAAAGAUAAUAUUUAAGAGAAAUCCUUUAUUUCUAACAUUUCUGAGUAAUAUUAGGAAGCCAUUAUUUUAUUAUAAGUUACCUAUACAAUUUGAGCCUUUAUAUUGUCAAUAUUAUAGUGAGAAUUUAUAUGAAUAUGCAAAAAACAUUCCUUUAUGGAUAUAUAAAUUUUUUUAUAUCUUUCAUUACAAAAGAUUAGAAAUGAUAUCAUUAAAUUAUUAUGAUUACAUAUUCAUUUUGAUAUUUUGGUUAUGUUUUUUUGAUCUUAUAGUUCUAUCACCUUUCUCAUUAAUAUUUGUUCAUUUAUUUUUUUGUAUUUUUUUUAUUUCUUUAUCAUAUAAGUAUGGUAAAUUUAUGCCUCCUUAUUAUAAGAAGAAGAAUUUAUUUUAUAAUUUUCGUCCCAUUCGAGUGAGUUCAGUAAGUAGACGUAAUUGUGAUUAUACUAAGAGGAGGAUAGAGACAACUAACUUUAUAUUGAAUGAUCAGAAAAAUGUGGAGAUAUAUAACAAGGAGAAAAAGUUGGAUCUUUUGGAUGAUAUCAAUGUGGAUGCUAAUUAUUGUAAGUAUCCAUAUUAUAGUGAUGAGAAUAAUAAUAGUGUUAAGUUAAAUAAGGAUGACAAGAAUAUUAGAAAGGCUAGAAAUUCUAAGACAAGAGGUGGUGGUUUGAAUAUAUAUGAUGCAUGUAAGAUGUUUAUAAAAGGUGACAACAUGAUGAAAUCUAAUAUAAUAAAUGAUAAUGUAGUUUAUGAAGAUUUUAUAAAGAAAGAUGAUGUAAUGAUGGAUGUUGAAGAGGAUAAGAAAGUGGAUGAGGUGUCUAAAAAUAAUAAUAAUGAAAAUAUUAUUACAUGUAAUCAUUGUGAUGAUCGUAAUAAUUCUAGUGUGUCUGUUGAGAAAGAGAAAAAGAAUUCAACUUCACAUAAGAUGAUUUUAAAAGAUGGUCUUAAUGAGAAUAGUUUAAAGGAGUCCAUAGAAAAUGAUUCAAUCAAAAAUAAAAAUAAUAAUAAUAAUAGUAAUAAUAAUAGUAAUAAUAUUAAUAAUGUUGAUAGUGUAGACAAGAGAAAUGUUUUAUUGAACACAUCUAAUGGUAGGAAUAAUAAAAAGGUUGGAUCACCCUUAUGUGAUAAUUUGCUUUUGUUUAAUGGAGAUACUAUUCAUACAGAAAAAAAGGAUAGUAAAGAUCAUUUAGAUGAGAAGGAUAUAUAUAUAUGUAAUGACGAUAGUAGUGUUAUUACUUCAAGUGAGAAGGGUUUAAAUAAAGAAAGGAUUCUUAUGAACAAAGAGAAAUUAAAUUAUAAUGGUUUUAUGGAAUGUAACAAUGUAUGUGAAGAAAAACAUAACAUGAGUUAUUUUGCAAGGAGGAUACAAAAUAUGGUGAUUGAUACAAAAGAAAAAAUGAAACUGGAUCAAAUACAUAUGAAUAAGCAUAUGAGUGGAUUUAUGAAGUUAUUUAACGUGAAAAAUGUAGAAAGUGAUAAGGAUAAUGAUAUUGAUAAAAGUUAUGAUAAAGGAGAGAAUGACAAGGAGGUGUCUUCCUCUGUGGGUUCUUACAAAUUAAUGAUUAAUAAUGAGAGGGAAUUCGUUAAAAAAGAAAUUGUUGAAAAGGUAAUUGUUGAAAAAGAAAUUGUUGAAAAGGUAAUUGUUGAAGAGGAUGAAGAAGAUAAAUAUAAUGAUAAAUAUAAUGAUAAAGAUGAUAAUUUAAAAAAAGAGAAUAGAAUGAUACAUAAUAAUAAAAAAGAAAAUAUUAUAAACAUAGAAAGUGAUAAUAUUCUAAGUAGUGAUGCAAAAAAGAAUGUUUUAUCUUUAUAUGGUGAAAAGAUAUAUAAAAAGGGUAAAAGGAAUGAACAUAUUCUUAAGUCUAGUAUGAAUAACACAGAAUAUAUAAAUGAUAUAAUAUAUUAUAAUUCUUGUGAUAAUAUAUUUGAAGAAAAUAAAUAUGAAUAUAAUACAAGUAUGAAUGAUGAUAUUAUUAUGGAUAAUAAGCAGGAGGUCAAUAAAAAAUCUAAUAAUUCGUUUUUCUCAUAUAAUAAUAAUCAUAAUAAUAAUAAUAGUAAUAAUAGUAAACAUGAGAGUAUGUGGAGGAAUUUAUUAGGUAUUCCAUCAAGUAAUAUAGAAACGUCACAUUUCAAUUCAAAUAAUAAUUGUAUAGAAAUAAAAAAUAGUAAUAAAAAACUUAAUAUUAUAGAUACAUAUUCAAAUAAUACAAUUCAAGAUAGAAGUAAUAUAAGUGAUUUAAGAAAGAAAUAUCCUUAUAUGCCAUUUGUGAAAUCACCAUUUCAUAAUUUUUAUUUAUAUAUGAAUAUAAAUGAUAAUAAGAAUAUAUCUAUUUUUUCAAAUAAUGUAGAAGUUCCUAAUGUUCAUGUAAUAUUAAAUAGAUUUAUAACAUUGAUAACAUGGACACAACAUGUGACAGGUAUAUUCACAAUGAUUUAUGAAAAAAUAAAUUAUGCAUUUAAUUGGGAAUUCAGUUUUUACACAUUAGUAAAUCUAUUAAUUUUAUUUUUUAUAUGUUAUACUAUAUCAUUUAUAAUAUACCUCUUUUCUUAUAUCCCAUUUGUUUUUUUUCGUUUUUUAUUUUUUGUGACGUUUUCAUAUUUGAUUAUAAGAAGUUAUGAACUGACUGAAGAUGGAAACAGAGCUUGUUUAUAUUAUAAGAAGAGACAAAUCCAAAUGCAAAAAAAUAGAAAAAUGAAUCAGACAAGUAGUUCUUAUGAAAUAUAUUACAAAAGGAAGAAUAUAAUAAAAAGAAUAAAAAAAAAAAUAAAGAAAAAGGAUAUAAAUAUAUUUAAAUAUAUAUUUUUAAGAUGUGUAUUGAAAAUAUAUAAGUUGUUUAAAAACAUAUUUGAGAAUAUAUUAUUGUAUAUAUUAUUUAUAUUAUUUUUUAUAAAAAAUUGGUAUACUCGAUUGUUAAUAUUAAAAGAUAUAGAGCAUAUGCAGAUAGCAAAAUUGCAGGGAUUCAAAAAUUUAUAUUUCUUUAUUCAAAAUCGUAUAAUAAAAAAAGAGCACAAAAAAAAUGUUAUGAGUAAUACAUCGUCUAAUGAAAUUAAUAAUAGGAAGAGUAGUGUGAUGAAAAUGGAAAAUAAUAAUAAUAUGAAUAUAAAUGAUGACAAUAUUGAUAGGAAUGAUGACAAUAUUGAUAGGAAUGAUGACCAUAUUAAUAUAAAUGGUGACAAUAUUAAUAUAAAUGGUGAUAAUAUUAAUAUAAAUGGUGAUAAUAUUAAUAUAAAUGGUGAUAAUAUUAAUAUAAAUGGUGACAAUAUGAAUACAAAUAAUGAAUACGAAAUAAUAAAUAGAAAAAAUCAGAAUAAUUUAUCAGAUGGUAAACGUAAAUCUUUUAAAAUUGUUAUGUAUGAGAAUUAUAAGAAUCUUGAGUCAUUUGUAUAUUCUUCUAGUGAUAAGGAAGCAGUGAGUAUAAUUAAUGAGGAUGACAUGAUAGAUGAGGAAGAGGAAGGAAUGCAUGAACAAGAAAAAUUAAAAAAGGAUAAUAUAAAUGUAGAUAAUAAUAUAAAUUCUUGUCAUGAUAUUCACACUGAUGAAGAAGUACAAGCAUAUGAUGAUGAAAACGAUGAGAAAUUAUCUUUAAGCCAAAUUACAGAUAAUGGUGCUAUGAAUGUAAAUGUGGAUAUAUUCUUACAUUACUAUUUUAAAAAGAGGAAAUAUGAUUUGUUCAACAAUUUUAUAAAUAUAAACCGAAAUCAUAUGUAUACAUAUAAGGACAUUAAUCUGUUUUAUUCAAAUGAAGAUCAAAAAGUGAACAACAUUAAUUAUGGAGAAUAUCUAAACAGUGAUGAUGACUGUUCAAGUUCUUAUGAUUAUAACAAGAGAAAAAAGAAAAAACACCUGAAAUGA